CUGAAGGAGGCAGAAGACCUUUCCUGUACACCUCCUGCUUGGUCCUGCCUCUGCCUCUUCUGGGAGCACCCGCCCAGAUCAAUAGAGAGGGAAGGAGCACACCGUUGGGCACUGGGUCAGACUCCAGAGUCGCGUCCUUGGCCCAAGACCCAGGGAAGAAUAACUGGUGGGAACGCGACCGGGGCCAGUGUACUCGACCGAUCGCCUGUGCUUUCCAGUUCCUACAUUUCGGGAGCCCAGGGUUUCUUCUCUCCCUCUCUGGAGGCAGUUAAGGGAGGCGACGGGAUUAUGAAAGAAAAGAAAAAAGCCCCAAAUCCUCAAGAAACCUCAAAGUGACAGGCACAAAGACCAAAUCCAGACUGAUCGUGUGUGGCCCCCCAGAUCUGGGAGCGAUUGCUACUUUCUUCCUCUUCCUCCUUGGCUUGCUCUCCCUCCCCACCCCCUGACCCUAAGAGGUUUGUUGGCUGGCUGCUUCCCCGCCCCCAGGGCCGCGGCGGUCGGACAGGCGGGCAGCCGGGGGCUCCAUCCACGCUGUCCCGCUCGCAUGAGACCGCUUCCCCCGCCGCUGGCGCCCCCCUCCCCGCGCCCGUGGUGAUGCCAUGCCCCGCAACCACGGGGGAGGAGAUGAGGGCGGCUCCGCCGGGCUCUGGCUGAAGAGCAGCGCGGCGGCGGGCGGGGGGCGCCUGGCUACGGGCAUGAAGGAUGUGGAGGCGGGCCGGGGCCGCGUGCUCCUGAACUCGGCUGCCCGUGGGGACGGCUUGCUGCUGUUGGGCACCAGCGCCGGCGCGCUCGGCGGCGGCGGCGGCGGCGGCGGCGGCUUCAGGGAGAACCGCCGGGCGAAGCACGGAGCCCGAAUGAGCCUGCUGGGGAAGCCGCUGGCUUACAACAGUAGCCAGAGCUGCCGGAGGAACGUCAAGUACCGGCGGCUGCAGAAUUAUCUGUACAACGUGCUGGAGAGACCCCGAGGGUGGGCGUUCAUCUACCACGCGUUCGUUUUUCUCCUUGUCUUUGGUUGCUUGAUUUUGUCAGUGUUUUCUACCAUCCCUGAGCACACAAAACUGGCCUCUAGUUGCCUCUUGAUUCUGGAGUUUGUAAUGAUUGUCGUCUUUGGUUUGGAGUUCAUCAUCCGUAUCUGGUCAGCUGGCUGCUGCUGUCGCUACAGAGGAUGGCAAGGAAGAUUGCGAUUUGCCAGAAAACCAUUCUGUGUUAUAGAUACCAUUGUUCUCAUCGCUUCAAUAGCAGUUGUUUCUGCAAAAACUCAGGGUAACAUUUUUGCAACAUCUGCACUCAGAAGUCUUCGUUUCCUACAGAUCCUCCGCAUGGUGCGUAUGGACCGAAGAGGAGGAACUUGGAAAUUAUUAGGUUCAGUUGUUUAUGCUCACAGCAAGGUAAGCUUGUUUUCUGCCUCACUGGUAUCUUUCAUUGUUCUUAUUUUUUCAUCUUUCCUUGUCUACUUGGUGGAAAAGGAUGAAAAUAAAGAGUUUUCUACUUAUGCAGAUGCUCUCUGGUGGGGUACGAUCACAUUGACAACGAUUGGCUACGGAGACAAAACUCCCCUAACUUGGCUCGGAAGACUGCUUUCUGCAGGGUUUGCCCUCCUUGGCAUUUCUUUCUUUGCGCUACCUGCUGGUAUUCUUGGCUCAGGAUUUGCAUUAAAAGUGCAGGAACAGCACCGCCAGAAACAUUUUGAGAAAAGAAGGAAUCCAGCUGCCAACCUAAUUCAGUGUGUUUGGCGUAGUUAUGCAGCUGAUGAGAAAUCAGUUUCCAUUGCUACCUGGAAACCUCAUUUGAAGGCCUUGCAUACCUGCAGUCCUACCAAGAAAGACCAAGGGGAAACAUCUAGCAGUAAGCUCUGUAGUAAUAAACAGAAGCUCUUCAAGAUGUACACGUCUCGGAAACAUAGUCAGAAGCUGAGUUUUAAAGAACGAGUCCGGAUGGCUAGCCCAAGAGGUCAGAGUAUCAAGAGUAGACAAGCAUCAGUGGGAGACCGGCGAUCGCCAAGCACGGACAUCACAGCUGAAAGCAGCCCAACCAAAGUGCAAAAAAGCUGGAGUUUCAAUGAUCGAACUCGCUUCCGACCUUCCCUGCGUCUCAAAAGUUCUCAGCCAAAGCCAGUAAUAGAUGCUGACACUGCUCUUGGAACAGAUGAUGUAUAUGAUGAGAAAGGAUGUCAAUGUGAUGUUUCAGUAGAAGACCUCACCCCACCACUGAAAACUGUCAUUAGAGCCAUCAGAAUUAUGAAGUUUCAUGUCGCAAAAAGGAAAUUUAAAGAGACAUUACGUCCCUAUGAUGUGAAAGAUGUCAUUGAACAGUAUUCUGCUGGGCAUCUGGAUAUGCUUUGUAGAAUCAAAAGUCUUCAAACACGUGUUGAUCAAAUUCUUGGAAAAGGGCAAAUCACAUCAGAUAAGAAGAGCCGAGAGAAAAACACUGCAGAGCUUGAAACAGCAGAUGACCUCAGCAUGCUAGGUCGUGUGGUCAAGGUUGAGAAACAGGUACAGUCUAUAGAAUCAAAACUGGACUGCCUACUGGACAUAUAUCAACAGGUCCUAAGGAAAGGUUCAGCAUCAGCCCUGACUUUGGCUUCAUUUCAAAUUCCACCUUUUGAAUGUGAACAAACAUCCGAUUAUCAGAGUCCUGUGGACAGCAAAGAUCUGCCCAGUUCUGCACAAAAUAGCGGCUGCUUAUCUAGGUCGGCCAGUGCCAACAUCUCCAGAGGCCUGCAGUUUAUUCUUACACCAAAUGAGUUCAGCACUCAGACUUUCUAUGCUCUCAGCCCAACUAUGCAUAGCCAAGCAACCCCGGUGCCAAUGAGUCAAAGCGAUGGACCGGCCAUGGUGGUCACCAACAACAUUACAAACCAAAUACACCAGGUGACCAAGCCGGUGGCCCCAACCACCUUACAGAUCCCCCCUCUCCCCGCCAUUAAACACAUCCCCAAACCUGAGCCCCUACAGAUGAACCCUGCCACCAUGCAGGAGAGUAUUUCUGAUGUCACUGCCUGCCUCGUUGCCUCAAAGGAAAGCGUUCCAUCAUCUACACAGUCCAAUCCAACCAAGGAUCGUUCCCUGAGAAAAAGCUUUGACAUGGGAGGAGAGACCUUGCUGUCCGUUCGCCCUCCAGUGCAGAAGGAUUUGGGCAAAUCAUUAUCUGUACAGAACCUCAUCAGAUCGACGGAGGAACUGAAUGUGCAGCUUUCAGGCAGUGACUCGGGGGGCUCCAGAGGCAGCCAAGAGUUUUAUCCCAAAUGGAGAGAGUCCACUUUAUUUAUAACUGAUGAAGAAGUGGGCCUCGAAGAGACAGAAACUGAGACUUUCGAUAGCAUUUCUCAGCCUGCCAAGGAAACAGCUUUCCCUUCUGACUCUCUAAGGACUGGAAUGUCAAGAUCAUCUCAGAGCAUUUGUAAGGCAGGGGAAAGUCCAGAUGUACUCAGCUUGCCUCAUGUCAAACUUAAAUAAUUUCUUGAUUUUCUUUUUAGGCUUAGCACUUCCUUUAGCCAUACAUAUCAUUGCAUGAACUAUUUUGAAAGCCCUUUUUAAAAGAUGAAAUAAUGAGAAUCAGGAAGACUAAGAAAGGCAGUUUAAGAGCCCAUUAUCUUCUAAUUGCAUGAAAAUGCAUGUUUCAGAGAUGGCUGAAAUUCCAAGGUACACCUCCAUUAACCCAUUCAUUUAAUAAUAAGGUACCAGAGGUUAAAAUCCUGAGGGGGGAGGGGAAUCUACAAGCUGAUACUAUGGGCUAGAUGAAAAAAGCAAAAAUUUGACUAUUCACAAAAAUCGAUAUUGUAUUUUGAAAGUAUGGAAGUAAACAUCUUCAAAUUUAAGGCAUUUUUGUUUCAUGGUUAAAUACAAUAAUGUUCUUUUCAAAACUGGGCCAUUGUGUAUGUUUAUAACCCAAAGGACUAUCUCUAGCUUCCAGCAAGGUACCAAGAAAAGCAUGGCUACCAGUUGCAAGACAGACUUUGAGGUCAUUCUUAGGCCAUCAUUUAUUCCUUAAUGUAGUUUAGAAUGUUGAUUUCUGUAAUUUGGGGGUGACUGUAUUGGGGCAAAAGAGUUUACCCACCCUUUCAGGUUGUUCUUUGCACUAAGAACAUUCUUUUUCUAUGAAAUUUAUAAAUGACAAAGUUCAGAGCCAGUGGGGAAAGCAAACAAACUGCCUCAGUGGUUGGAGAUGUCAGAUUUAGAGAAAGCUCUUCUUGGACAGUUGAAUGGACUGUAGCCAACCAAAAUGGUUGAUGCCAGGCUUGGGGCAAUAUCAACAACUGGCUUCUGCCCAAUAAGUCCACUCAGCCAGCGGAUAACCCAGACUGGUGAGAAAGAUGGUCAAAUGUGGUCUGAUCGCUGUAUGGUCCAAUUUUUUUAGUCAUGGGGGCACAGCCUCCUACCAAGUUAUACCAAUGCUGCUUUUAAACUCUUCUGAGACUAAUGUGUUUUAACAAUAGAGCCUCUAAGGAAAAGGAAUGUAGAUCCUAUUGUUCCUCUUUUUCCCAGAAGGCUAUUUUUUUCCCAUGUGGUUGACAUAGUGAUAGAACACACACACAAGGAAGAGAAAGGAUUUGGAUGAGCCUGAAGUAAGACAAGUGGUGAAUGAAAUGAAAAGAAACAACCAAGAAAGGUGAAAAGAGUGGCUUACCCUCAGAAAAAAAAAAGGCAAAAAGGAAUGAACCUAACAAAACAAACUAAUGAAAAAUAUAUAGCAGGAAUAGAUCAAAAAGAUGAAACAGCAGUGUUAUUUGAGAAUUCUUACAUUUCUCCAAUAUUUGAUGGAUUCAUCAUGGAAAACACUUUCCCACCUACCUUUUUUAAGGGAGGAAUGGGUCUCCCUAUCUCAUCCAUGCUAGAAGCUCAGCAGUCAUCAAAGGACCCAAUCUCAAUACUCAUCGACACAGAAGAUUUUUAUAUACUCCAUUGUUCCACAAAGGUCUGGUUGUCUAACCUUAGGCAGAUUAAUGGGCCCCCACUGGUCAAGGGCUUAUCAUAUUGCUUCCUGACAUAGUUGGGGCAUCUAAUUGGCUAAAUUCAUUGCAGCAAUCCACCAGCCUUGAUCUCCCUAGAGAGUAGGGAUGGAGGAUAUGCACCACUCUUUGGGUUCAACCAUUCCCUUUUCAAAGAAAAAAGUAAGAUCAUUUGUGGAACUUCAUUGUUGAAUAGUAUAAGUUACCCAUCUGCAAUGGUCAGAGAGAAAUUUGGGGAUAUGUUCUCCACAUAACUGACGAAAUGUAAGCUGCCUGCAUGUUUUAUACACUAAGAAAAAGUCUGUAUAAUGUGUGAGAAUGCCGCCCAGAACCUGGGAACUUUGGAUCAAAAUCUGUCAGGACUAGAAGGGUCUGAGAAUCAAAAUGCAUAAAUGCAACAGAAACCUAGCAGAGAGUCUAAAGGGAAAGUAAAGAUGAGAAAGCUGUUUUAUCAGAGCAAAAGCAGUCCCUUCUCAGUCCCAUUCAAUAGGAUACCCAUAAGGUAGGCUACCCAGAGUUCCAGGGGGAAUCCCAAACCAAACACAAAGGGCAAGGAAAAGAGGAAUUGCUGACAGUAACCCCAAAUGCUUCCAAAAAUAGCCACACACACACUCCAAAAAAGGUUGUCCUUUGGCCUUUCCAAGUAGUAGAGUCAAUUUCAUCAAUCAGUGCUUCCCUGAAACAGUCAUUGCAUAUGGCAGCCACAGUCUCUGACCAGCAGUGAGAGAAGGUAGACCAGUGGCCAAAGGGACAUAAGUGGAUUAUCCUCAGUCUGUGUGUAAUAUGUUUUUUUCCACAAAAUUUUUAGAUCCCUUAUAGACAAUUAUCUUCCUCAACAUGUGGGUUUCUAGCAAUUAGUUAGGCUUUCUUAUCUAGCCCCUUCUUCUCUUCUUCUCACUUAGAUCUACAGUUUUCACUUUCAGGAGCUGCUCAUAACCUCCUGCCCCAAUUUCACUUACAAACUCUCAUUCAGCCUUCACUAGGCUCCAGCAAAACCAGACCUCAGCCCUACCUUAUGCCUCACAUAUACCAUGCAUUUAGUGGGCUCUCAAUAUUAAUGGAGUUUUUAAUAAAUAUUCAUGGAUAGAAGGGGGGGAAAGAGACACAGCUUUCAGGUAGCACUGAUUUCUGGACCAUCUGGCCUGGAUCAAACCCCCACUGGCAGCAAGAAUUCUGAAUGUAUGGGGAUACCUACCUAAACCUCAGGAUUGGCUCAAUUUGACCAUAGGUGUGCAUAGUUCCCAAGCAAGGUGUGCAGGCACAUCUGGCCUCUAAUCUGUACAUGCCUGUGAGUUUAACCCUAAGGCCAGACCUGGUUAGAAUUUAAAAUUCACUUAAGAAAAAGGAAAAAAAAAUCACCUGUCCAGCAGUCUUAAUCAUAGCUAAGCUCUGUAAACUGUAUUGUGAAGAACUUGAACUGUUUACUUUGAAUAUGUGAUCACCGCUGCCUCCAUCUUUCUUUUUACACAAGAAUUAUUGGAUAUUACAUGAUAGAUUUAUUAUGUGAAAGUACAUGCAUCCCGUAGGAAUGUGUAUGAUGUAUAGCUGUCCACAGAUCCUAUGGGAAAUGGAUGAUGGUCCUAGAUUUAUACUGGGACAAAUUUCAGUUAGGAAAUUCCACAGGGAGUCUUGAAGCACAAUUAGCCAAGCACUGAGUAACCAUUUGACUUUUUCUGAAUUUGAAUUUUCCUACCUUCUUCUACAUGUCUACUUGGGCAUGAUAAUAUCUGAUCACAAACACUACUUUUGUGUAGUUGACCAAGAUUUUCAGACAUUUCUCAUCUCUCACCAGAAUUCUACCCCUCUGUCCAUCUAGCCCAAUUGGCAAAUUUCAAAUAUUAUUCAAACAAACUUUAUCCAGCUUUUGAGGCUUUGUUUUUGCUUGUGUUUUAAGGUGCCUUCCUCAUUUCCCUUUGACUCCUACAGAAGUCAGUGUUCUAAAUCUGCAGAUAGGAGGAAAUGAAUAGAAGGGAGAAGUUGGGCCAAGAGAGCCCAAUACUCGGUUAGUUUGUGAGAAAGAACUAUGACUUAUCAUGAGAAUGGGGUAGAGGGCAGCUAAACUAAUGGGUUUACCCUUAGGCCUUCCUUUCAUUUCACAGGAACAAGAAAGGGUCAUUCACAUUAAUUUAUCUCACAAAAGUUGGUAUUUUCGCCUUAAAUAACAUGCUUGUGUUCUCUUAAGAGUAACUUAAUUUAUUUAAUAUAAUUGUGUGCACUUCAAUGAGCAUUUCUAAAAUUCAUGUAUGACAAUGGAAUUGUCUUUUUUCUCAAGAACAAAUAAAUCAGGAAUAUCACAACUGA